AUGUGCAUCAUUACGACGCUGAAUUGGGGACUGCGUAAUGGUGGUGGUAUUGGUGAUGUGUUAAGGAAUAUCGGUCCUGAUAACGAUAAAGAGGAUGUGCUGAAGAAUACAUGUUUCAUCUGCGGAUUAGAGCGUGGAAAGUUCGAUAACCGAUCAGUGACAUUCGAAGACCAUCAAGCUGAAGAACACAAUCUAUGGCAUUACCUCUAUUUCAUCGUAUGGCUGCAAAUCAAAGACGAAACCGAGUUCACCGGACCGGAAAGUUAUGUUGCGCAGUGUGUAAAGGAUCGUAAUCUGGACUGGUUCCCACGAAUGCAGGCGAUAUCACUGCAAGAUGGCGACAGCGAAACGGACCAGCCAGAAAUUGCAGCGAUUCGUGAGCAACUACGACAGCAAAAUCAGUCGAUUCGCGACCUUACGGCUACAAUCGACGACCUGAGACAGUUUAUCCUCGAAAUGAGGCCAUAG